GAGAUCGAAUGGAUUCCAAGAAGACGACGACGCAGAGCGAGCCGAACGAUGGGGUGCAGGCGCCGCAUCGUCCCGAGCUGCUCAUGGCCGCCCGCCACGGCGAUCGCGACCGGCUGAAACGUCUUCUUGGCACGGUGUCGCCGCCGGUGGCAUUGCCGGUUGGGGAGGUCGUCCUCCAUGUCGAGGACGUUGAAACCGUCGGUGUGGGUGUCGACGACGACGACGACGCCGAGCCUACAGCUGCGGUGGUAACAUCGGCGGAGGCGGUCACCGUCGCGCUGGACUCCGUCCUCCACGUGGUGGCGUCCAGCGGCGACGAGCCCGCGUUCCUGGAGAGCGCGACGGCGGUCCACGCCAGGGCCAGCCACCUCCUCGACGCCGGCAACGGGAAGGGCGACACGCCGCUGCACUGCGCCGCCAGGGCCGGCAUGGUCAGGAUGGUCUCCCAUCUCCUGGACCUGGCGAGGAGGGGCGGCGGCGGCGGCGUCGCGGGCGACGCGGCGGCGAGGGCGUUCGCGAGGAGGCGGAACAGCAAGGGAGAGACAGCGCUCCACGAGGCCGUCCGUCUGGGCAGCAAGGCGAUGGUGGAGGCGCUGAUGUCCGCCGACCCUGAGCUCGCCCGCGUCGUGGCGGCCGACGGCGGCUCGCCGUUGUACCUGGCCGUCUCGCUGGGGCGCCGCGACGACAUUGCACGGCUGCUGCAUGAGCACGACAGGGGGCUCUCGUACGCUGGACCGGACGGGAAUAACGCCUUGCACGCCGCUGUUCAGAAAGGCAAAGGUAAUUAA